ACGUCAGCGCGCACGCGGCCCAAGGCGAUACACACUUCGGUCGGAAAGAGGAGGAAGAGGAGCAGAGGUUCUAGAAGCUUCUUCGUCGGAGGCGGAGGCGGCUGCCAUGGCGCGGAAGAAGAUCCGGGAGUACGACUCCAAGCGCCUCCUCAGGGAGCACCUCAAGCGCCUCGCCGGAAUCGACCUCCAGAUCCUCUCCGCCCAGGUCACAGAAUCAACAGAUUUCACAGAGCUCGUCAACCAGGAGCCAUGGCUUUCGUCUAUGAAGUUGGUUGUGAAACCUGACAUGCUGUUUGGUAAACGUGGGAAGAGUGGCCUUGUGGCACUCAACCUAGAUCUUGCUCAGGUUCGCCAAUUUGUCAAGGAGCGGCUGGGAGUUGAGGUCGAGAUGGGCGGCUGCAAGGCUCCUAUCACAACAUUCAUCGUUGAGCCAUUUGUUCCCCAUGAUCAAGAAUAUUAUCUUUCAAUUGUAUCUGAGAGGCUUGGCUCCACAAUUAGCUUCUCAGAGUGUGGAGGUAUUGAGAUUGAGGAGAACUGGGAUAAGGUCAAGACAGUUUUUCUUCCCACAGAGAAGGCAAUGACACCUGAUGCUUGUGCUCCAUUGAUUGCCACCCUACCAUUGGAGGUUCGCACAAAAAUAGGUGAUUUCAUUAGAGGCGUGUACUCUGUUUUCCAAGACCUGGAUUUCUCAUUCCUUGAGAUGAAUCCGUUCACCAUGGUGAAUGGGGAACCAUAUCCUCUGGACAUGAGAGGAGAAUUGGAUGACACGGCUGCUUUUAAGAACUUUAAGAAGUGGGGAAACAUUGAGUUCCCUCUGCCUUUCGGAAGAGUCCUCAGCCCCUCUGAGAGCUUUAUCCAUGAAUUGGAUGAGAAGACAAGCUCAUCGCUGAAGUUCACAGUUCUGAAUGCAAAAGGGCGCAUUUGGACAAUGGUUGCAGGUGGUGGUGCUAGUGUCAUAUAUGCUGAUACUGUUGGAGAUUUGGGAUAUGCGUCAGAGCUUGGAAAUUAUGCAGAAUACAGUGGUGCUCCCAACGAGGAGGAGGUUCUGCAGUAUGCUAGAGUGGUUUUGGAUUGUGCCACUGCUAAUCCUGAUGGCCGUAAGAGAGCCCUUCUCAUUGGAGGUGGUAUAGCUAACUUCACCGAUGUUGCUGCUACAUUUAGUGGCAUCAUUCGAGCUUUAAGAGAGAAGGAAUCCAAAUUAAAGGCUGCAAGGAUGAACAUUUAUGUUCGGAGAGGUGGUCCAAAUUACCAAACCGGCCUUGCCAAAAUGCGUACACUAGGUGCAGAGCUUGGUGUCCCAAUUGAGGUGUAUGGACCAGAAGCAACAAUGACUGGAAUCUGCAAGCAAGCCAUCGAUUGCAUCAUGGCCGAAGCAUAAUUCAGACUAUGAUCUGCGCUGUUGCCAGCUUUGCGUCCGUUUUGUUUCAGACAUUGUCAAAGUGAGGUGUUGCAUUUUUCUUUCAGAGUGUGUGUGUAUGUGGAUGUCGUUGGUGUAGAACAAAACGAAGAAAGAUCGUAUUGUUUAGAAUAAACUGCCACUACAAGUCUGUAACGUAAUUACUCAAUAAUGUUAAAUCUUGGUUUAUAUUUCUGGAUCCUCUGUGCUUCGGUACAGUUUAGUUGGCCUGAUCCACCAAACUCAGAAGAGAACCAUUGAUGAAUU